GCUGCGCCCGUGAGCUGCAGCUGGGUAUGGGAGAAUCGGGGGCGGUUGCCAUUUCGGCUGUAACGAAUAGUCCAAAUGCGGUUCUGCGAUGCAAGUUCUACAGGGUCCUUCGCUACAUGAUGUUGGAGAAGAUUCCAGGCACACUUUUGCAGCUUUUACCCACUUUACAUAUCUAUGACCUCUUUUGACGCAGCUUGUUUUUGACGCGGAACCCCAUUGCAUUUUAUGCGUGAAGUCAACGCUUAAGACUCAAAAAGUUACGUGCUAUCUGAGCACGGUCCUAUAGGAGAACCUCGACCAGCUGCCUCUUGCACAUAACGCUCGAAGCCCAUUCAUCCAAUGUCGAACGUGCACUCUGGGCAGGACCUGAGUGCUGCUCUGGUCCAGACUUGCUCCGAGAUUGUCAACGAAUUAGUAGCCGCCAUCAAAGCCGGGAAGGAUGUCAGCCUCACAGGAGUCAAAACAAAGGUUGCCAGAAAGUACCGGCUGCACACACAGCCAAAGUUGGUCGAUAUUAUAGCCGCCAUUCCCGAGCAGCACAAAGCCAUGCUCCUUCCUCGCCUGCGAGCCAAGCCCGUGCGAACAGCUUCAGGAAUUGCGGUUGUAGCCGUCAUGUGCAAGCCGCAUAGGUGUCCGCACAUUGCCAUGACAGGGAAUAUCUGUGUUUAUUGUCCCGGUGGACCCGACUCGGAUUUCGAAUACUCGACGCAGUCGUACACGGGAUACGAACCAACCAGUAUGCGGGCUAUCAGGGCUCGGUAUAACCCAUAUGAGCAGGCGAGGGGACGGGUGGAUCAGCUUAAGCAGCUAGGACACAGCGUAGAUAAAGUGGAGUACAUCAUUAUGGGUGGGACUUUCAUGUCCCUAGCGGAAGAAUACCGGAACUGGUUCAUAGCAAACCUGCACGACGCUCUCACGGGGUACACCAGCAACGACGUUGACGAAGCCGUUCGGUUCUCGGAGCAGAGCGAAACCAAAUGCAUCGGAAUCACCAUCGAGACUCGACCGGACUACUGCUUGAAGCCUCAUCUGAGCCAAAUGCUCCGAUACGGCUGCACACGGUUGGAAAUCGGCGUGCAAAGCGUAUACGAGGACGUUGCGAGGGAUACUAAUCGUGGACAUACCGUCAAGGCCGUGUGUGAAUCAUUUCAGCUCGGUAAAGACGCCGGGUACAAAAUCGUAGCGCACAUGAUGCCAGAUCUGCCGAAUGUCGGCAUGGAGCGGGAUAUGGACCAGUUCAAAGAGUACUUCGAGAACCCAGCAUUCCGAUCUGACGGGUUGAAACUUUAUCCUACGCUUGUCAUUCGAGGGACGGGGUUGUACGAGCUGUGGCGGACUGGCCGGUAUAAGAACUAUACGCCGGAAGCGCUGGUGGAUUUGAUCGCUCGCAUUCUGGCGCUCGUACCGCCAUGGACUCGUGUGUACCGUGUUCAACGUGAUAUCCCCAUGCCCCUCGUAACAUCCGGCGUCGAACACGGUAACCUCCGCGAACUCGCGCUGAACCGCAUGAAAGACCUCGGAACCGAAUGCCGCGACGUCCGCACCCGCGAAGUCGGCAUCCAAGACAUCCACAACAAAGUACAACCCGACCAAGUCGAACUCAUCCGCCGCGACUACGUCGCCAACGGCGGCUGGGAGACCUUCCUCUCCUACGAGGACCCGCGGCAGGAUAUCCUUAUCGGUCUGUUGCGGCUGCGGAAGUGCAGUGAGGCGGUGUUUAGGCCUGAGUUGAAGGAUCCGGGACAGUGCUCGAUUGUGAGGGAGUUGCACGUGUAUGGGAGUGUGGUGCCGAUACAUAAUCGGGAUCCGACCAAGUUCCAGCAUCAAGGAUUUGGGACUCUGUUGAUGGAGGAGGCGGAGCGGAUUGCGAGGGAGGAGCAUGGGAGUGUUAAGCUGGCUGUCAUUUCCGGUACGUUUUGGGUUCCGAUCAAUAUGAGCGGAAGUCCUCGUUUCCAACCAAUUUAACAUACCGUUGGCUCCCACAGGAGUCGGAACACGCCACUACUAUCGAAAGCUGGGGUAUGAGCUUGACGGGCCAUACAUGUCCAAGAUGCUCCUUUGAGGUGUCAUCACACCCCAACAGUUGGACUCGAACAAUUUUGAAACUCGCAAGGCUUCGCGGGACAGGCCUCAAGUUAACCCGAAAGAAAUGCCUGUGUCGGAGGACAACACAUUUGCGCUUGAAGUUUGUGAUGGCUGCGCCGCUGGG